AUGCGCUUCCUUGAACCUGAAGCCGAGCAAGAGAUUCUCAAACGCGCUGCCAGUUCCAUUUGUGAAACUGGAAUGGUGGGACUUCCUAUCGCACGACAGCCCCAAAAUAUGAGAGCUGCAGUCUUUCGCUACAUCACUCGGUGGGAACUUGCAUGUGAGGAUUCCCAGAUGGUCGAGCAGAGUACAUUCUGGGACGAAACUACAAAAGGCCAUAUCUUACUUCUUCGGGGCCUUUUUGCAGGAGGUAUCCUUGCUUUUGCGUUUGGGCAAAAACGCUGGAGAGUCAAUUACGGCAUUGAUCCACAUAGAGAGAAAAUGACCAAAUUAGCUGUGCCAUACCGAGCGAAAGAUAGUCCAACACCCCGGUCUGAGUUUAGUCACCCUGAUGUUGUGAUCACACUCACAUGUCUGAGUUAUUACUAUAGUGGCUUGGGUAACGAGGCUCUCUUCUCUACGUUCAGACUACUCGCCAGAUCUGAUAACGCCAAGGCCGAAUAUCAAGACUGGGUCAAGACAGCCCCAGCACUGCCUGAUUCUUUCCGAAGUCUGGAAGGGGUGAACCUACGAGAUCGCGACCAAUGCAUAACAAAGAUUUUCCCGAGCAUCCAAUACUCUAAAGCUACUAUAGACUAUUACUUGUGUCAUCUCGUCUUUGCCAAAGAGUCCAGGGAGUUUCCACACAAGCUGUCUGCCUCAGGGUGGGACCUCGGUAAGAGGAAAAUCAACCCGACGACAGGAUUUAGUGGAACCAACGAUUCUCGAUAUGUAUUGCUGCUCGGAAUGGCCCAACUCGACCUUCCGGAGCAGAAGCAUACUAACGCUCUAGUGCUCGAAUGUUUGCUACGGCCAGAAAACACUAUAGCAUUAACGCCAAGAACUAUGAAAGGCGCUGCUUUGAAUAGCCAGAUGCUUCUCCAAAUGGUUUCGGAAAUGAGCCCCGAAGUUCGCGUGAUUCUCGACGUUGGAGCUCAAGUCAUCGAUCUCAAUAACUUGGAGUUUUCAAAGCAAUGGUUGGCUUUCUAUGAGGGGAGAGCAGAUACCCAGGCUGUAGUUUGCUUCAGCGAUCACGACGAAAUCAUUGUUGUCGAUCGGUUUGGUAAGGUUGAAGAACUCCGGACAUCGCCAUUUGCAGAGCAACUCGAUCUGUGUCUCGUCUUCCUUGACGAAGCUCACACAAGGGGAACUGAUCUGAAGCUUCCCACGUACUAUCGCGCAGUGGUCACAUUGGGUACCGCUUUGACAAAAGACAGGCUGGUACAAGCCUGCAUGCGGAUGCGUAGGCUUGGAGAAGGUCAGUCUGUGGUGUUUUGUGUCCCGUGGGAAAUUGAGCAGAAGAUUGCACAAAGGCAGAGUAAAAAGCGUUCAAGAAACUGUGAUAUCACAGUAUCCGACGUCAUUCGCUGGGCCAUCACAGAAACUUGCCUCGACUUACGAAAAGCUAUACCACUCUGGGUCACACAAGGUGCUCGUUUUGGUAGACAACGAAUAUUCUGGAAUCAAAAAGUACCUCAAGAGGAGGGAUCUUUAUGGGCCAGGAAUUUCCUUGAGAACGAAGCCCUGAGCUUGGAUGAACGCUACCGCCCUUGCAGUGGCCACGCGGGGCUAUCCUCACUUUGGACUCGACUCGACGGUCCUACGGUUGAUAAGCUCCGGGCUCGGUGCGACUCUUUUGGAUUGACCAAGCUACAUACAUCGUCCCUUCAAGAAGAACAAGAACGCGAGCUGUCUCCUGAAACUGAACAAGAACAGCAGGUUGAAAGACCGCCCAAAGUUGACCCAGAAACACACAGUCUUGCCCAGCCUUUGAAAACCUGGGUUUCAAGUGGCUAUUUCCCAGGAGAGACUGAUGUCUUCAGACCGGCUUUUACAACUUUAGCUGAUACCUCUGCAGCACGUCACUUCGAUGUUAGUAGGUUUCCUCGAAACAUCUGGGUCACACGAGACUUUGCCACGACAGUCCAAGUGACCUUCAGGCAUAGCGAUGACUCAGAUUUGUUCCAGCGUUCCGUGCAGUGGAUUCUGACAGGCAACACUAAGUCUGGCACACAUAUCCUUGUAGUCGCCAGUCCUUAUGAGAUUGAAGAGCUGCUUCCUGUCAUCGAAAGCUCUUCACAUGUCGCGCUUCAUCUCUAUGCACCCCGGAUCAAUCUUGGGUUUCAAUCCCUUGAUCACCUUCGACUAUACUGCAUACCAGGCAGUAUGACCAAAUCAAAAAUGCCUGAGGACUCGAUUACGUUCCUUAACCUUUUCGCGGGACAGGUCUACCUGAGGUCUUUCCAAGACUAUAUCCAUGUAUGUGAUUCCCUUGGGCUGGCCUGGGCUGCUGCAGACGAUUCUGUUUGCUUAGGUCCUGAUGGGUUCAUCCUCCCCAACGGCAGUGGAACUCUUGUAAACAGGUCGGGAUUCUCUAAAAGCCCUGUCCAAUUUCUGAAGGUUCUCAUGGAGAAGAUUCGACAGAACUGCAGGGAAAUCACGAGGACCGGCAUGGGGAAGAUUUUCGAAGGUGUGAUCCUACUGGAGGACGAUUUCAAAGGAAGGAAUCUGUCGCUCUGCACUGCUAAGUCUUCAUGUAUUUAG